UAGAUACAUUAUAAAAACAGCAAAAGACAGUUGGAGUUACUAUGAAAUGAUGACCAAGAAAAGGAAUAAGCUAGUGAGAAGCCCAACGGCAUUAUUACGCUUUGUUCAGUCGUUAAACGGAGUCGGAAGAGAGCGGAUCUACGAAUGGAGAUGAAAUUAUUUAUCGUGCUGCUGUUACGAAUCUUUUGGAUGCAUAGUGUUCAAUCUUUUGAUAUCGCUCUUCCGCCAAACUUUAAUUGUCAUAGAGAUGUGCCUUCCCAGCCGCUGAAUCUCAAAGCCUUAGCAGGCGUUUGGUAUGAGGUAGGUCGAGUGCCAAGCGGGGAUGUCUUAAGAUGCCUGAAUGUUACUGUUCCGGAUAAAGCUGAAAGUGAGCUGGUACUCGAUUUGGAGUAUAUUAGCUCAUAUGAUGGAUCACUGAGUCCUGUCAAGCAGACAGUGUCAUUUCCCUGGGAUAGUAAUACUCAGAAUAGCAUUUUUAACUUGUAUUACGGCGAGAUUGCGAACAAUCCUUCAGUUACCUACAAAGUGAUGUAUACCGAUUACAGGCGUCUAACAUUAAUAUGCGGUUACUCCGGUAUCUCUCCGAUUCCGCUGGCCAAGUUAUUAUCACGUCAGCGUCAGUUAGAUAAGAAAUUAUAUGAUAUUAUUCAAGCUGCUGUGGAUAAAUCGCCGUUUCGCGAAUAUUACGUUUGGUCGGAACAGACGAAAUGCAAUGCGGCUGAUCGUUCGGUAGCUGGAACUAUAUCAACAAUCGCUCUCGUUAUCUUAUGGAUGCUGUCAAAGUGGUGUUAGCUGUGGUUUAUCUUCAUCGACUCACAUUGUGUAAUAUGUCUAAAAGUUCAAUGUGCAUAUAAUAAUCAGAUUCAAGCCCAAAAAAAAAAACAAAAUUUAACUGUGAUUUUAUAUUUUUAUUAAAAAAUUAAAGAUGCA